AUGGGUAGUCUUAAUCCUCCUAUGAGUUCUUCAUGUGUUUACACACCUGAACCAUCUUCCCCGUUAUUUCUCCUUUCUUCUGAUGUUCCUGGAGUUUCUCUUAUGGCUGUACCGUUUUCGGGGAAUGGUUUUGGGGGUUGGAAGCGUAGUAUGAUUAUUUCGUUAUGUGCUAGAAAUAAAAUUAGUUUUAUUGACGGGACCUGUGUUAGGCCUCCUGAAAAUUCCCCUCAGUUUAGGCAAUGGGACCAUGGCAAUAAUAUAUUCAUAUCGUGGUUGACCAACUCACUCUCACCAGACAUAGCUGAGAGUGUACAGUACUCAGAUACUGCUGAGAGCAUAUGGAAAAAGCUUAAUAAUAGACAUGGGACAGUAAAUGGAACUAAGGUGUUUGAAUUAAAAAGAGAACUAGCAUCCACAUAUCAGGGAUCUUUUGAUAUUCCUUCUUAUUUCAACAAACUUAAGAAAAUAUGGGAUGAAUUAGAGGCUAUACGUAGUAGUCAUGCACACUCUUGUAAUUGUGCUGCUAAAGAGGGUCUACAAAAGGAAAGAAAAGAGGACAAAGUACAUCAGUUUCUUAUGGGAUUAAACGAGGUUUAUGUGGGUGUUAGAAGCAAUCUAUUGAUGAUGCAUCUUUUACCUUCUCUUGAUUCUCCACAACAAAAACAGUACAGCCAGAGGGUAUUUUUUGAUCAAUCUAAGUCUGGCUUCUUCUGUAAGUAUUGCAAGAAGACAGGGCACCUGAUUGACAAAUGUUACAAACUUAAUGGAUUUCUCCAAAAUUUUAAAUUCGCCAAAGGCAGAAAACCAGCUGCAAACAUGGCAGAACAAGGAUUUGUGGUACAUGGAGUGACUCAGCAGCAGUAUGCUCAAUUGAUAUCCUUGCUUCAACAGACUCACAUUUCUGAUUCUAGACCUUCUCUCAACACUAAGUUCUGCUAA